AAGAAUUGUCAGACAUUGCAGCGAAGUAUCAACAGCAAACAAGUAAUAUAAUUACAAAUUUUGAUCCGGAUUAUGUGAUAAAUACCGAUCAAACUGGAUGUGAGUAUAAGAUCAGCAGUAAUCGCACUCUCACUCACAAGGGUGAAAAAAUGACAGAAAUUGCUGUUCAGCAACUUAACAAACUCACACACUCCUAUACAGCACAAUACGCCAUGACAUUGUCAGGAAAAUUAUUGCCAAAAGUCUUUAUCUGCCUGCAAGAAGUUACCGGAAAAUUUGGUCCACGAGUUCAGAAAGAAGUCGACGAAUGGAUGGCAAAAUAUACAAACGUUUAUGUCACUUCCACAAAAUCUGGAAAACUGCAGAGUAACACAUACGAGGAAGUUUUGGAUAAUAUUAUACAGCCUUAUGUUAAAACGGAACCAUUUUUGUAUAUUAUUGAUUCAUGGGGUGGUCAAACAUCUUCCAUCUUACAUCAAUUAAAAUUUACGGAUGAAAAUGGACUUCCAACGUGUAACUUAUCUAUAAUACCACCGAAAUGUACACCAUUUUGUUAA